GGGCCAUCAUACGCAUUUUCAAUAUCGCUCUCGCUAAUUUCGAUCCGCGCUGAUACGUAGAUCACGUCCUCCUGACACCAGAUAGCGAUAGGAUGACGUUGCUGAUCGGAUUGUUACUGAUUGCCAGCUGGACCGGAGCUGCCGUCGCCGGACUACCACCUGGUGUACAAUCUUGUCCGCGAACGUUCGACCUGGGACAAUACGACAGAUGUGUGAUGCAGCAAUUGAAAGCUAUAACACCAUAUUUGGCCAAGGGUGUCCCGUCCUUGAAGCUGCCAGCCUUAGAUCCCCUAUUUCUACCAUCGUUGACGGUGGAUAGAAAUCUGGAUUCGUUGAAGAUCAAGGCGAACAUGAGCCAGAUUCGCGUGUACGGCGCAACGAAUUUCAUCAUCGACGACUUGAAAGCUAAUCCGAACGAUCUGUCGGUGCGUCUGAAAGUUCAGCUGCCCCACGUUCACGUUAAUGGAGAUUACGAUGUUCAAGGAAGGUUGCUGUUACUUCCGUUGAGCGGAAUUGGCAGUUUCAAAGGAAAUUUCACUAACACGGAGGCGCAAGUAACUGCUCAAGGCAAAGAAAUAACUGAUAAAAAUGGAGUACAGAGAAUCGAAAUUGAUAAGCUAGUGACGAAGAUUCGCGUAGGAGACGGGAACAUCCGAUUAAAAGCACCUCCUUCUCAUACUGUAGCUGCUGACGCAGCGGCCACGUUCUUCAACGCGAAUCCACGCUUAGUUCUGGACAUCGCCAGCCCGAUUAUCGAGGACACGGCGGCAACUGUUGGCAGAGCAUUGGCUGCUAGAGCAUUGGGCGCUCUGACAAAAGAGGAAUUACUACCCUAGUCCACGUUCGCUACGUUAUGUGAUCCCAUAGGUAAUCGUAUAACAUGCUUAACACGUUUCCUGUCCCGUGAGUCAUUGAGUUAUCAGCAGUCAAUAAUUCAUAUUAAUUAAUAACUUAAUUUAAAUAUAUGUUAGAUUGGUGUGCCUUCGUCGUCUCUUGAAGUCUGACAGUAAUAAUAAUCAUUAUUUUAAUUUUGUCCCAUUGUGAAUUACGUUGAAGGAGAAAUUCAAUAGAAGUUAACAUAAUAAAAAUUCGUUUGUAUUAUAACUUGUCGAGGGACGAAUAAUUUAUACUAUUGGAAACCAUUUUCUCCUCUAUUGGUGAUUUUUCGUAUUUUGUUCAGUCUCGUGAAUAUUUUCUAAUGGUACAGUAUUCUAAAUUAUCGUUGGCGAGAUUAGAAUUAAUUUCGAUAGGAAACGCGUUAAAGUGAGAAGAAUUUUCUUAAUUCUAAGUGUUUAGAUAAGUCGUUCUAAUAAUUCUAAGUAUUUAGAUAAGAUACAGUGCUGUAUAUUAGAUACAACUUAAUGUGAUUAACUAUAGAAUUAGAAUUUAUCAUCACUCUGGCUUAUCAUUGAAUGGUUCUCGUCAAAGAGAAAGAAAUGAUAAUAUGCAUUUUCACUUGCAAUCUAAUUGUUCUAUAUUAUAAAAUUGGAAAGUUGCAAAGGAUUAUUACGUGAUUUGAAAACAAAGAGUAUAUAAUUAAUCUUGGAACGAAUUGGAAAAAAUUUAAUUGACUGCUUGAUAAAUUUUCAGCUUAGAUUAUAUUUUUCAAUGUCACAUUUCAAGUGACUGAAUAUCCUCAGAAUUUGUUCUUUUAAUUACAAUUUAUUUUCAUCAUUAGCUUUCGAUUAUCGUUUGAUCGUUUGAAUUCUUUAAUCGAGAAGUUUUAAUUCCGUUGUUAUAAAAUAUGAUAGACAUAAACAUACUAGACAAAAUCAUUAUUGUUAUAAAAUAUAAUUAUAUAACAGACAUAGAAAAUAGAUAAAAAUAUAUAAAAUAUAUUUUUGAAUAUUUUAUAAAAUAAUAAAAAUAUAAAAGCGAUUCUUUAGGGUGUAAAUAAAUUUAUGCUUUAACGUGGACGAUGGAUAUUAAUUUUUGGAUAUAACUGUUAAAUUUAUUUGUGGUCCUUUUAGACAAUUUUAAAAUCGUAAAAUCAUUAUUUCGAUUACGUGUUUGUUGUCUAUUUCUUUUCUGAUUUCUCGUUCUUUUGUCGUUCGUUGCUUUUAUUGUAAAUGCCGA